AAACUCCAUGACAAGAUUUUCCUAACACACCAUCAGCCGUCUCUGUGCAGCCGCAGUGGAGAACGACUAACUGAGCGCACUAGUUUGUGCCUGCAUCCCAUUGCCCCCCUCGAGCGUGUGAGCGCAAACGCUUUGCCCUGGCGGAUUAAUUCGUGUUGUGUGUGCUACGGCUGCUGCUUGUCACUCAUUCUUCGUUCUACUCGCGUGCGUUCCAGGGUAGCGGCAAGACCAAUUAUAAUAUUGCUAUCAGAAUACAAUAGUUGGAAAACAAAUAUUUCUUCAGAACACAGAACUCGUCCCGCCAAGUCUGUCUAUCUAUUCUUCAAGGAGAAUAACUUUGUGAUAUUGCAAUGCUUCAAACAAUGGAUCUCAUCUGGGCAUUGCUCUUCUUUGGCUAUGCAGCUUCCCUGCAGGUGGAGAUCACACCGAUGCAAGGAGAGAUCAGCGUGGGGGAGUCCAAAUUCUUCCUCUGCGAAGUUGUUGGAGACGCAAAGGACAUUGAUUGGUAUGCCCCGAACGGCGAGAAGCUCUUACCGAACAGACAGGACAUCAUUGUGAACCGCAACGACGAGUCCUCGUCCACCCUCACUAUCUACAAUGCUGAUGUGGACAAUGCUGGUGUCUACAAGUGUGUGGCCAAAAAUGCAGACAAGGAGUCUCAGGGCACUGUCAACGUGAAAAUCUUCCAAAAGAUAACCUUCAAGAACGCCCCUUCCCCACAGGAGUUUAAUGAAGGGGAUGACGCUGACAUCAUCUGUGACGUCGUCAGCUCGCCUCCCGCCAGCAUCAUCUGGAAGCACAAAGGCUCAAAGAUCCAAGUUACAAAAGACGUUCGAUUUAAGAUCCUGACCAACAACCACCUCCAGAUCCGAGGCAUCAAGAAAACGGAUGAAGGGGCGUACACCUGUGAGGCUCGUGUUAUGGCCAGGGGAGAGAUUGACCUAAAGAUCAUCAAGGUCAUCGUCAACGUGCUCCCUAGCAUCCGCACCAGGCAGUCGGAGGUGAAUGCCACGGCGGACAUCAACCAGUCUGUGAUGCUGGCCUGUGACGCUGACGGGUUCCCUGAACCCACAGUCACCUGGGCCCGUAACAACAUUGUCCUUGAAUCGGACGAUAAAUACAGCUUGAAUGACGACGGCUCGGAGCUGAUAAUAAAGGAUCUCAAGAAAGUGGAUGAAGGAGAUUACACAUGCAUCGCCCGGAACAAGGCUGGGGAGAAGGAGGAGGAAGUCAGCUUGAAUGUGUUCGUGCAACCCAAGAUCACCUACCUGGACAAUCAGACUGCAUCAGAGCUGGAGGAGCAGAUCACCCUGACCUGCGAGGCCUCUGGAGACCCCACCCCCACCAUCACCUGGAGCUUUGGCCGGAGGUUCUUCACAGAGGGAGAGCAGAGUCUUGAUGGGAACGUAAUGGUGCGUAGUCACGCACGGGUGUCCUCUCUAACCCUGAAGUACGUCCAGUUCACCGAUGCUGGCCAGUACCUCUGCACUGCCCGCAACUCCAUUGGCCAGGACCAGCAGACCAUGUACCUGGAAGUGCGCUAUGCUCCUAAGAUCCAGGGCUCAGUGACGGUCUACACCUGGGAAAGGAACGCAGCCAACAUCAGCUGUGAGGUUCUGGCCCAUCCGGGGGCCUCGGUGGUGUGGUUCAGAGAUGGUCAGCAGCUGCCUAGCGCGAACACCACCAACGUCAAGAUCUACAACACACCAGCCGUUAGCUACCUCGAGGUCACCCCAGAUUCCCAGAAUGACUUUGGAAGCUACAACUGCACAGCCACCAACUUAAUUGGAACAGAGUCCAAGGAGUUCCUCCUCAUCCAAGCAGAUGUGCCGUCGGCGCCCGCCAUCGAGCGCGUGGAGCCUUUCUCCAGCACAGCCGUCGUAGAGUUUGAGGAGCCUGAUGCCAGCGGCGGAGUUGCCAUCCUCAAGUAUCGGGCCGAAUGGCGCAUGAAGGGCCUAGACUGGACCGGCAGGGAGUACGACGCAGAGGAUGGCCUGAGCAUGAUCACCAUCGUUGGCCUGAAGCCCGAGACCUUCUAUGAGGUCAAGAUGUCUGCCAUCAACGGCAAGGGUGAGGGCGAGAGCAGCACUCCCCUGAACUUCAAGACAGAGCCAGUCCUUUCGUCAGUGACACCAACCUUCAUUCCUUCAACCAGUGCAGCCCUUAAAGGGGAGCCCAGUCCCCCUAAGCUGGAAAGCAAGCUGCAGACCAUGGGCAACGCCCUCAAGGUCAACUGGAUCAAGCAGGACGAUGGGGGCUCGCCCAUCAAACAUUACCUGAUCAGAUACAGGGCUAAGCACGUUUCGGACUGGAAGCCGGAGAUCCGUCUGCCCCAUGGCAGUGAGUACGUGGUGCUGAGCAGCCUGGACUGGAACACGGAGUAUGAAGUCUACGUGGUGGCCGAGAACCAGCAGGGCAAGUCCCAGCCCGGCACCAUCUCCUUUAGGACUGCAGCAGAGCCUACCGCCAUCCCAGACACCAUGACUAGCGGCUCAGGCCUGGGCACGGGGGCCAUCGUGGGGAUCCUCAUCGUGGUCUUUGUGCUGCUGCUGGUGGGUGUCGACGUGACCUGCUACUUCCUCAACAAGUGUGGCUUCCUCAUGUGCAUUGCUGUUAAUUUUUGCGGCAAGUCUGGACCUGGAGCAAAGAACAAGGACAUCGAGGAGGGCAAAGCGGCAUUCAUGAAGGACGAGUCAAAGGAGCCCAUCGUGGAGGUGAGGACAGAGGACCGCACUCCUAACCAUGAAGGGGGGGGACCCACAGAGCCCAAUGAGACCACCCCUCUUACCGAGCCCGAGCCCACUGCUGACACUACUGCCACCGUGGUGGACUUGCUCCCCUCUAUCGCCACUAACUCUGACCCCGUCACUGAGAGCUUUAGCACAGCCCAGAACAGCCCAGCUAGCGAGACUACCACCCUCACUUCCAGCACAGCUGCCCCGACCGAGGCCAAAACCGCCCCUAAUAGCACCCCUGCCCCCAUCAUCCAGUCCAGCACGCCCAAAGCUAGCGCUCCCACCGCUCAGCCUGCCACACAAUCUGACGUGGCUCCCCUCGUCGACCUAAGCGAGGCUCCAAAAGCCACGCCCUUGUCCGACCCCAAGCCCGCCACCCCCGCAACCUCUUCCUUAGAGCCAGCCAAGGCCACCUCUAACCUCCCCUCUGCCAAAGCCGAUGCAGCUUCACAGAGCCAGCCCGAACCCGUCCAAAGCACCCCUGCCAGCGACAGUCAGAAUAAGGACUUACAGAUAGACUGCCUGGCCAAGGAUGUGUUUGAUACACUGGGCAAAAGCUCAGAGGCCCCAGCAGACUCCACUGCUGCUCCCGCACCGGCCAAGGACGACGGGAAAAUCAUGACAGAAGAUAAAAGUAAAGUGCCAGAGAUGGAGACAGAGGUGAAGAAAGCCCCGACCGAGGUGAAGACCGUCCCCAAUGAAGCUGCUCAGACAAACGGCAACGAGAGCAAAGCAUGAUCCCGACCGCAAGAAGGGAGGAGGGAUCAGGGGAGGGUUCACGACAGUCCAGAGGAAAACGUCAAACACCACUCCAUCAAAUGACAAAAAGCUAAAAAAUAAAAUGUAAAAAAGGGUCUCUUUCUUCAGUGUCUUCUAUUAGUUUUCCAAACAAAAGAUGAGUUUGUUAGACAUGUAGAUUGGGAAUAAGACCUCAUGCACAUGCCUUAGUGUUUCUUUCUUUCUUUAUCUCUUAUUCCUUUUGUAAUUUUCUCUCUUCACGGGAAGAAGGAAAAUCCUUUCCUCUAGUUCUCUCUCCUUGUCCUUGUACCAGUCUUUUAAAUAGGACAGAAGGUAAAUAUCAGUUGGCAUAGAUAACCAUGGGGGAUUGUAGCUUUAUUUCAGAACCAUGCCUUUACGAUGUGCACACAUAUAAAUCCAACACCUUAUCCACACACUAUUUCCAGUUAUGUUUUCACUUUGUUAUGCAGUAUUGCCAUCAAUAUUUUCACUGCUAAUGGAUUAUGAGUACGUUUUUUAAUGUUUGUCAUGUUUAAAUCACGUGCAAAAGUAACUGCCUUUUAUUGUAUCUUUAUUUUUCAUGUAUAAUUUUCGAGAGCUAGAGAUUAGCAUUAGCAUGUCUACUUUGCGGAAAAAUAUUUUUCCCAUAUGUUCUUGUCUUUUUUUGUUUUCUUUUCAUUCUUGAAUGUUUACACUGUUAACUCUAUCCUAAGAUUGUGUAGACACAACAAAACAAAAGAAGACACCGCAGAAAGACAAUGUUUCAUUCCACAGAAAUUACGCAAUUUAUUGACUCUAAGAUUCAAUUUUUUGGUUAAUUUGCUUUGGUUUUAAUUUGGCAAGAACACACACUUUCUCUCUCUCACACACAUACCUCUAUAUAUUUGUCAUUAAGUCUUCUAUUAGAAGCGCUUUGGACCUGUACCACACUCCAAGGGUUUCAGGGAUCACCUUUAAUCCCGAAAAUGUUGCAGGUCCCAAGGGCUCACAGGGAGUGACGGGCAUACAGAGUUGCACGGCCCACCAUCUUGGUUUACGGGAGAAUGAUGUAAUCAAAGGCCGGAUAUGAGUGGUAGCAGUUUAAUGUACGAACAGAAGCCCUUAAAAUAGCCUAGAAACAGUCCUGUUUAUUCGCCUGUUUGAUAGCUUUGUCCCAUAAAUUCAGAUUACUGUGCCUGUUGCGAACAGCACUUCCAAUUUAGUGAUUGGGCCUCAUCUCAAAAUGUAAGGGAAGAAAAAAAGUUGGUGUUGUGUUUUUAAGCAUAUUUUUAAGCAUAUAAACAAAUUUAGUGGCCAGAUUUAUUCAUUUCUUAUUUAAGCCAUAGUACUCCAGUGUGGAUUUGGGAAAAUCGAAACAAAUAUUCAAUCUGAACUUUUUGUACAGUGUUUCUCAUACUUUAGACUGCAAGCUUGUGCACUGUGAAUGCGUGAAUAUCCUAGUGUGAAUACAAUGUGUUCUUUGUCAUAGAAUAAAAAACAUAUGCAUAGUUUGGUUAUGAAAGGUAUAGCUAAUAGUACAGACGACAAAAAAGUUGGCAGCAACGAGCAAAUAGACAAUGACAACAUCAAAAAGACAAUAAGGAGAUGGUGCCUUCUGAAACAUGUCAAAAUGGCGACAUGCGUUCCAUCCUGCUCAGUGUCUGCCUAUUCCACCUCUAGGAGGCGACGGCGUAAGGUUUCACAUCCUAAUAGUUCUGUCCAUCGCCAUGCCUUUUCUGAACAGUCCAAGGAAAACACAGGAAGAGUACUGACAAUGUAACUGAUUUGUAAAGUGUGAAAACAAUACUAAACGGCUAUGUCAUUGUGUUAUUGAAUAUGGAGGUGGUAGGUUGUGUCCACAUUGUUUUCACAUGUUUUCACAUGGCUCCUCAUUCACUAUUUCUCCAUGUGACUAAUGCAAAAACACAAUUUCAUCCCCAAGCAAACAAGGAAAAACACCAUUCAUUCCAAUGAUUUACUCAUGAUAACUACACCAAGAGUUAAGUUUCAAACAAACACAUAACCUUGGACAUUAUUAAAUACUUCCGAUCUCAAUUGGCUCAAAUUACUUGUAGUGCUCACGGUUUGUCCUCAAAACCGAGCAUCCAGCAAUGAAGGUAAAAUGUGUUUUUUCUUGACCUGAAACAAGCAUGCAAUGUACUUUUAUCUUGGAUUUAGAUGGAUUUCAUUGGUGUGGCAGCACUGAAAAGUUCCUGAAAUAGGAAUUGACCAAGGCUUUAUCUGUUGUACAUUGAUAUUUUGAAGUGUAUAAACUGUUGUCUGUUCCAAACUUUUAGUUUUAUUCAAAAUAGACAUCAAGUGCUUUUACUCCACAAGGUUAUGUAAUCUAAAGGGGUAGGUGUGUCAAAAUGACACUGUUUCUGAUUAAAUGUGUAUAAACCAUACCUAACGAUUAUGUAAUUUAAAAAAAAACAUUUUGGGUUUCUCUUGUCCCAAAAAAAGCUGGAGACUGCUGUGGCUUUUGACCUGUAUUUUCAAAUGCAAUUAUAAUGUGGGACCAAUUUCUAUAUACGUUUACAUGAAAAUGUUCACCAGUGCACCGUGCCAUGGAACUUAUUUCAGGAAAGUCAGGGAACAAAAAAUGCUAUACAUUUAUUUAGUUGAGAGUUCAGUAAGAAGGGAAAACACUCUUUCUCUGACUUCCUCACUUCCUGAAAAUGACCACUUACCUGACACAGUUGGCUUGGUGAAAGUGAGGUGUCAUCAUAUUGCUUUCACCUCACCAAUCAUGCCAGACUAUUUCAAGGAAUAGAGGAAGUAUAAAAGUGUUUUUCAAGUGUUUGAAUGGAGACUAGGGCCAUAUUCAGUAAGAAAACACUGUGGAACAUUUCAGAUAGAAAUGCCAUUGCUAGAGCUGACGUGAUUUCUUAUGUGUAGGCCCUACGAGAUAGGUAUUUUUGUUCUACAUCAUACAUUUCUAUCUAAACGCUGGUAAGCGUUGUGUCCUGCUGAACGCUGCCCAGCUAUUCCAACAUGCUUUGAAGUCUCUUACUCCGAUAGCCAAACAAAAGUCUGUAAUGAUUCAUUUUCAGUCAGAUAGGGGCCUUGUCCCUCCAUACCAAGACCUUUCCCAGUAACUUCCAUUUUCAUUCCUACCCACCAUUCCUUGCUUUUGGGGGCCUUCUCUCUUAUAUACAGAUUUUUACUAAGUGAAACAUUGGUACCACCUCUCUUUCCACUGUCACUGGUGUAAAUACUGAGUACUAACCGAAAAAAACAUUUUGACUUUGCAUUCUGUCAGAAAUUGUGUUCAAUAAAGUUAAAGAAAAAAAUCAUUGCGUAAUUGACGUUUACUUAGCCACAACAAUGACAAGAAGAAGCCACUCGAAUAAAGUAUUCUGAAGAUGUUUUGUUGGAAUUUUUGUUGCUCAUGACUUCAGUAAUAGUGUCAAUAAAAAAGAUAUAUUUUA